AUCAUUCUCCGUUCCUCUUCUUCUCGAGUUUCACCCGCAAAAUCUGAACUUGUCCACCUUCAAAAACAUGGGCUCUGAGAGUCUCCCUCUCCACAUAUUCCUCUUCCCCUUCCUUGCCCAUGGCCACGUAAUUCCUACCAUUGACAUGGCCAAAUUAUUUGCAGCAAGAGGGGUUCAGGCCACCAUUAUCACCACUCCACUCAACGCUCCUAUUAUUUCCAAAUCACUUCCAUCUCUCAAUACUUUGAUCAAAGUCCAGACCAUCGAUUUCCCUUGUGAACAGGUUGGUUUCCCUCGGGGCUGCGAGAAUAUGAACUCAGUCCCUUCCCCAGAUUUGAUCCUUACAUUCUUCGAGGCCACUACUCUGCUUCAAGAGCCACUGGAGCAAGUGUUGCAGCAGUCCCUUCCUGACUGUCUCGUCGCUGAUAUGUUCUUCCCAUGGGCCACUGAUUCUGCAGCCAAGUUUGGGAUUCCUACAAUAUUGUUUCACGGCACUGGUUUCUUCUCCUUGUGUGCUUCCGAAUGUCUCAGACUCUACAGGCCUUACGACCAUGUUUCUUCAGAUUCAGAGCCAUUUGUUAUUCCUAAUCUUCCUGGUGAAAUCACGAUGACGAGGUCGCAGGUGCCAGAUUUUCUCAAAUAUAAUGAAGACACCAUAGUGAGCAGACUGUUGUUUGCUUCCAAGGAAGCGGAGCUUACGAGCUAUGGGGUGGUUGUCAACAGCUUCUACGAACUGGAGAAGGACUAUGCCGAUCAUUACAGGAAUGUCCUCGGAAGAAAAUCUUGGCAUAUCGGCCCGCUUUCUCUCCACGACCGGAAAACAGAGGAAAAAUCAGCAACACAGGAACACGAAUGCUUCAAGUGGCUUGACGCGAAGAAACCCAACUCUGUCGUUUACGUCUGCUUUGGAAGUGUGACGAACUUCCCAGAAUCCCAGCUCAGAGAAAUCGCAAUGGGUCUAGAAGCUUCAGGCCAACAAUUCAUCUGGGUAGUGAGAAAACCCCAGAAAGGCGAACAACAGCAAGGAGAACAAUGGCUGCCUGAUGAAGGAUACGAGGAAAGAUUGGAAGGUAGGGGCCUGAUCAUAAGAGGAUGGGCACCACAAGUGAAGAUUCUUGAGCACAAAGCAAUCGGAGCGUUUGUGACACACUGUGGUUGGAAUUCAACAUUGGAAUCAGUGUGUGGGGGGGUGCCAAUGGUGACAUGGCCUGUGUUUGCAGAGCAAUUUUACAAUGAGAAAUUGGUCACUGAGGUACUUAAAAUUGGUGUACCUGUGGGAGUUACAAAAUGGAUGAGGGUGACGGGAGAUAGUAUCAAACGGGAUGCUAUAGAGAAAGCCGUGAAGAGAGCGAUGGAAGGGGAAGAAGCAGAGGAACUCAGAAACAGAGCAAAGUUGCUGGCUCUGAAAGCAAGAAAGGCAGUGGAAAAGGGCGGUUCAUCCUACUCAGAUUUGAAUUCUCUAAUUCAGGACUUGAGCCGGCGUCGCUGUCCCCCUGAAGAAAUCAAAUAUUAGAAUGUUAGAUGCAAAUGUUGAAGUGUUUCUAUUUGGCAUUGUUUUGUUUCCCUUCCCAUUCUAGUAGAUCGCUGCUUUCCCAGCUCUUCUUUGUAUUCGUAGCGAACUGGGUUUAGGUUUUGGUACGCAGAUAAGCGGGGCCAGCUUCAAUGCUCCUUACGGAAACUUUGUAGUGUGUGCACUUUGCAUCUCUUUUGCCCUUGAAUUUCGCAAUGCUUUGUUGUUUAUGUUGGCCAGUAUCUUCACCAUAGAAUUAUUCCUUCAC